AUGCCGUCACUGAGAAUAGACCAGAGUGACCUGAAGUGUAAGAAUGGAUGUGAUUACUUCGGUAAUCCCCAAUGGCAGGGCUACUGCUCAAAAUGUCACAGAGAACAGUUGCAACGCCAAAGAAGAGCGGAGAAGGCGUCAUCUGCGACUUUGCCCAGACAAGAACAGAAGAAAGCGGAGCGCAGCCAGAAGCUGUCAUCCAACUCUUCAUUUUCCAAGUUCGAGGAGAAACGGUUGCGUCAGAGCGAGACGCUGAAGAAGGCGAAUCUGCUCAAAUUCAGCGUUUUCAAGAAGAGCAGCACAGACGAACACGACCAGUCGGAGCGGCGGCUCCAGGAGUUCAAGGUGCCCUCUAUGGUCAACGAGGGCAUGAAGAGGGACUUCCGGGUCCGCUUCCCCAGCCUGCCCGCCCAGGUGGAUCGGGACGCGCGCGUUUUCGUGCACAGCUUCAUAAUGGACGUGAUCAAGUGCUCGAACGUGAUGACGGUCGACGAACUCUCCGAGAGGGUGCAGAGACAGUACCAGAGGUUCAUGCGCCACAUGGACACGUCGCAGCACUUCGCCAGCGUCGAUCCGGAGACGAAGGAGCUACUUAUGGACUUCGUGGAGAAGCACGCCAUGACGUACCUACACGAGUUGCCGGCUGUCGUGUUCUCCCCCGCCGGCACCGACGACGAGAGGGCGGACCGCGCCAUGUCCGACAGGAUCCAGCAGCUCAGCUGGGUGGGCGAGAAGCACCUGGAGUGCAACCUGGACAGGAACAACGCCACCUGCAGGCAGCUGCUGUACAAGGCGAUCAGCGAGUUGCUGGGCAUGGACGGGUGCGCCGCCCCCGGCGGAAAAUUGGCGCGCGUGCGGCGCUGCUGCCGCCACGUGAUGGCGCUCUGCGGAGCCCCGGCCUCCGCCGACGAGCUGCUGCCGCGGCUCAUAUUCACCGUGCUGAAAGCGAACCCGCCCCGCCUCGUCAGCAACAUCAACUUCGUGACUCGCUUCUGCAACGCGCAGCGACUAAUGACCGGCGAGGGCGGCUACUACUUCACUAACCUGUGCUGCGCUGUGUCGUUCAUCGAGAACCUGACCGCGGAGUCGUUGAGCAUGGACAAGAAGGAGUUCGACUGCUACAUGGCCAUGCCGGCGACCAUCGGUGGCAGCGCCUGGGCGGCGGCGCUGUCGUUGUGCGGAGCGGCCAGAGAGGCGGAGGAGCAGAGGGCCCACGCCGACCGCCUCCUGGAGGCGGCCGCCGACCUGGAGAGGCGGGCGCUGGAGCAGGAGGCCAGCGCCGCCACCUUCGAGGAGCAAAUCGCCAAGAAGGUCCAGGACGUUCUGGCCAAAACCCCGCUGGAGAUCAAGCCGCGUCGCGAGCUGCCCAGGUUCGGGAAGCUGCAGGGCUCGGCGCCGCUCAUAGACCUGGAGAACCCAGCGCCGGUAGAAGAGCCCCAGGAGAUGGCACCCAUUAAGCCGGAAUCAUCACAAGCGCCGACCGAACCAGAGAAAACGCCGGAGAUUCCCGCGCUGGAGACUACGGAGGUCCAAGCCGAGGGUCCGAGCCAGGAGCCCUCGCCGUCCAAGUCGCCUCAGAACCCCGACGACAGUAGGUGGGACCUCAAGCAAACUAUCCAGGCGCCCUCGCCGUCCAAGUCGCCACAGAACCUCGACAGGUGGGGCCUCAAGCAGACCAGCUCGAUGGAGCUGCUGACCCCGUCACCGCUCGGCUUCGCGCCGUUCGACUCCAGGUCCAUCGACGAGCUGGUGACCCCCGAAGAGUUUGGGGAGCACCUGGCGCCUGGCCUGAGCGGCAUCAACUACGACAUCGACCUAUCAGACCUCAGCGGCGACAACAGCCUAGCGGAGGACGCUAAAUCCGACCCAAAGGAUCCCUUCAGUCCGGAUAGUAUAAAGAGCUUCGACCCGUUCGCUCCUCUAGUACCACGCGGGAGCGGCGCCGCCUUAGAGAAGUACGACGAGUUCACCUUCAGCGCUGCCGAUUCGAAGAAUGACAGCGGGGAGGUGUACGAAGUGGUCCACAGAGGGAGGGACCCCUUUAGCCCUGUGACUGUUGCCGAUGAGCCCUUUUGUACCGCUCCUAAGGAACAGACCUCUAUACUCGAUGACAAUCACUCCCCGACGGCAGCGUGUCUGCUCCCUUCCCCGAUGCUCCCCCAGACCAGUAAGCCAGCC